UUCUGUCGCACCUUGGCCAGUCUUAACUCAAGCACAUUACUUAUAUAUAUAAUGUACGCGCUACUUUUAUCAGGGACGGGACGUUUCAUUGACGUUGCCUUUCGUAGGAUCUCCUCGAGAAAUGAUGACUGAUGAUUGUCAAAACAUGAUAGAUCGAACGGAUUUUUACGCUGCCUCAUACGACCUUUUUUCUCACUUUUAAACCAUUCUUUUACCCCUUCCCUCAAUUGACAAGGGGUCCCAGAGCGAUUUGGCCUCUCCCUGCAGGGCUCAUGGUCUUUGGGAUUUCUGCAGCUUCUCUUCGUCUGGCUGUUAGGCACACGCUGUGCCAAAUUGCUGGUACAAAAUUGGAAACAUGGCCAGUGCAUUAUCACGGAGGACACCAUAAAUCAUUCAGAGUAUAAAUCAAUGCUGUUCAUAGGGUGUCGACCAAGGAAGCAUCUUCCGAUUCCUGCAGCGGCUGAUGGGACGACCUUCGCCAUCCUUGCCGCCUUGAGAUCCUCUUUGAAUGGCUUUGGUGGGCCGCUGUCUGCAGCUCUAUUGCUGGCCUAUCGACAUUGGGCAAGUGUUUCGACAGGGGAACAGCCAGACGGCUUGGCAAGCUUUUUACCGGCACUCCGGGACGCUUGGCUCUUGGUCUUACUGCACCGUUUGCUGAAAGCUGGACAGACAGCUGGGGAGCUCAUG